CAGUUCAAUGGCCUCUCUAUCUAUGUCUUCCCACAUUCCCAUCUUCCUUCUAGUUCUACUUUCUGCCAUCUCCGCUUCUUCCUUCAGUCCGAUCAAUGGAAAUGACACCGACCUCAAAGCGCUGCUGGCUUUCAAAGCCCAGCUUGCUGACCCUCUCGGCAUCCUCGCCGGCAACUGGACCACCGGUACUUCUUUCUGUAACUGGGUCGGUGUCUCCUGCAGCCGACGCAGGCAACGCGUCAGCGCUCUAACAUUGGUGGAUACACCUCUCGUUGGAUCCUUAGUGCCUCACGUCGGUAAUCUCUCUUUCCUCUCUGUCCUUAACCUCACGAACACUAAUCUGACAGGGCCUAUCCCAGCCGAACUUGGCAGGCUACGUCGUCUUAAAUCUCUUGGCCUUAUGGGAAAUAGCCUAUCAAAUUCCAUACCUACUGCCUUAGGGAACCUUACGAGGCUCAAGCUUCUUAAUCUAGCUUCCAACCAACUCUCAGGCAGCAUUCCUCUUCAGAUGAUGAUGCAUAUGCACAACCUUACGAAAAUUUCUCUAGGAAGAAAUGAUUUGAGUGGCCAAAUUCCACCGAAUUUGUUCAACAACACACCUUCACUGACAUUCAUCAAUUUUGAUAAUAACAGUCUGUCAGGCCCUAUACCACAGGCCAUUGCAUCCUUAUCCAUGCUCGAGGUCUUGGUACUAGAUUACAAUCAAUUCUCUGGCCUAGUACCAAAAGCCAUCUACAACAUGUCUAGGCUGCGAGUAAUGUCAUUCACAUCAAGCGGUAACCUAUGGGGAACGUUUCCAGGAAAUCAAAGUUUCAGCCUCCCUAUGUUGCAAUAUUUUUCGCUGGCUCGUAACAAUUUCUUAUCCGGUCGGUUUCCAUCCGGGCUUGCGUCAUGCAAGUUCCUACAAGAAAUGUUCUUGUGUGGAAAUUCUUUUUUAGACGUGGUGCCAACAUGGUUAGCCAAAUUGACAAAUCUCGAAAAUCUUAAUAUGGGUUUUAAUCACCUUGUUGGCACGAUCCCGGUGACCCUUCACAAUCUCACCAAACUUACUACACUACACCUUGGACACGGCAAUCUAACCGGGCAGAUUCCACUAGAAUUAUGUCUUAUGCAAGAGCUCACAUAUUUGUAUCUUGGAGGCAAUCAAUUGACAGGUGAAGUUCCGGCUUCUCUCGGGAAUUUUUCAAAAUUAACUUACCUAUCUUUGCGGGAAAAUCAGUUGUCUGGCCAAGUACCAACAACACUGGCCGACAAUACACUUCUGUACAAGCUUGAUUUGUCACAGAAUAAUUUUGUGGGAAAUCUAGACUUCUUGUCGGAACUUUCCAAGUGCAGACAACUCAAACAACUUAUUCUAGAAGGAAAUUCUUUCACAGGCCUCCUCCCUAGCAGCGUUGGGAAUCUCACUUCAGGACUAGUCACUUUCUUUGCAGGUUUCAACAAAUUAAUAGGUGGACUUCCGGGAGCAAUUUCAAACAUAAGCGACCUUGAAUGGAUAGAUCUUCCUAAAAACCUAUUCACCGAGCCAAUACCAGAAUCUGUAGCCACGUUAGAGAAUCUCGUGCGGCUUGAUUUAUCUCACAAUAAAAUGUUAGGCCAUAUACCAGAAAAAAUGGGUAUGCUCAGAAGUCUAGAACAGUUGUUUCUCCAGUCAAACAAGUUCUCGGGCUCUAUACCAGAAAGCUUUGGCAAUCUUAGUUUGUUAGAAAACAUCAAUUUAUCCAACAACCACUUAUGUUCGGCAAUACCCGCAAGCCUUUUCCACCUUGAUAAGCUUACACAACUAGAUUUGUCUCACAAUUCUUUUUCUGGUGCAAUACCAGCCGAUGUUUCUGGUCUAAGACAAACAUAUCAAAUGGACCUUUCAUCCAACUUAUUGACAGGAAGAUUCCCUGAAACAUUUAAACAUUUCAAUAUGCUAAUAUACCUAAAUUUAUCACAUAACUCCUUCGAAGGCUCAACUCUUGGUGCACUUGAAAAACUAGAAAGUUUAACAACAUUAGAUCUUUCAUCUAAUAAUAUCUCGGGUACCAUUCCCAUCUUCCUUGCCAAUUUUACAUACUUGACUACGUUGAACCUCUCAUUCAAUAUGCUAGAGGGCCAAAUACCCGAGGGAGGAGUUUUCUCAAACCUCACAUUGCAAUCUUUGGUUGGGAAUGAUGGGCUAUGUGGCUCUCCACGGCUAGGAUUUCCACCAUGCCUUGAUACAUCUCAUUCAACUAAUAUACACUUGCUUCAGUUUCUACUCCCAACACUCAUAUUAGCUUUUGGUGCCAUUGCCAUCUACUUAUAUCUAUGGUCCGGAAAGAAACUUACGAGUAGAGAGGACAAAGCUUAUGUUGAGCCAACCGAUGUCAUAGGCCAUCAGUUAGUGUCAUAUCAUGAGCUUGUUCGCGCCACAAAUAAUUUUAGUGAUGAAAACAUCUUGGGAUCUGGAUGCUUUGGGAGAGUCUACAAGGGCCAACUGACUAGUGGAUUGGUGGUGGCGAUAAAAGUUCUUGACAUGCAGCUAGAGCAGGCUAUCCGAAGUUUCGAUGCAGAGUGUCAAGUGCUUCGUAUGGCGCGACACCGCAACCUGAUAAGGAUUCUUAAUACAUGUUCCAACCUUGACUUCAGAGCACUAGUGCUUCAUUACAUGCCAAAUGGAAGCUUAGAAAUGCACCUGCACGGUUCUGAGAGUACAACAACGCACUUGGGUUUCCUUCAAAGACUUGGCAUCAUGCUCGAUGUGUCGAUGGCAAUGAGUUAUCUACACCAUGAGCACUCUCAGUUGAUCUUGCAUUGUGACUUGAAGCCUAGCAAUGUGUUGUUUGACGAGGAGAUGAUGGCGCAUGUGGCGGACUUUGGCAUUGCAAGGUUGCUUCUGGAUGGCAACUCCAUUAUAAGUGCAAGUAUGCCCGGAACAGUUGGGUACAUGGCACCAGAGUACGGUUUAUUUGGAAAAGCAUCACGAAAAAGUGAUGUGUACGGUUUCGGAAUCAUGCUCCUUGAAGUCUUCACUAGAAAAAGACCGACUGACACUAUGUUCAGUGCACAAUUAACACUUAGAAAGUGGGUUCAUGAGGCAUUUCCUGGAGAGCUUGUGAAGGUUGUUGAUGGCCAGCUACUACAAGACUGCUCUCUUUCUAGCUGCAUCUUAGACGAUGGCUUUCUUGCUUCCUUAUUUGAGUUGGGUUUGAUUUGUUCCAGCGACUCACCUGACCAGAGGAUGACGAUGCACGAUGUGGUCGUGACGCUGAAAAAGAUCACAGACGAGUAUACAAAACGGACAUCAAUGACAUUGUGUAACUCAGAAAAGUGACCGGUCUACCCGGGUGCUUACUACUAUCUCACCUAUGACUAUCUAUGGAUGGAUGUAUGCGCUUUUGUUUCACACUUAUAGCAGCCACAUGCCUUCUGAAAUAGGCACGGCUGAAUAAGGCUGCGUGUGUUUCUCGCUAUGGUUAUAUAAAUUUCCACUGUAAACCAGAUCUGCAUUGAUCAAUAAAGCGGUACAAUUCCACUAUAAGAGUAAAUAUAGGGUGAAGUGGUAACAAGCUAGCUCCCUUGCAAAUAGUAUUUGAUAGGAUAAAACUUGAGGCGAGACUGUGGGUUUUGGCGGGUGCAAGCGCUUGGAUGAUUUGAUGUCGGUAGAGUAAAACUUUGUAAUAACUACGUUUUACAGUCUUCUAAACUUCAAACUUCUCCUUAAUUAAUCGAUUGGGGCGAAGUCUUUAU